CACCACUCUUCCUCUGCACAGAUUUUGUUAAAUCUCCCCCAAUGUCCUAAAAAAAAUAAUGGAGUCGCCCUCACCUGGUGUCCAAAGGAGCAGGUAACCCUGGUACAGUGCACUGCAUUGCUCAGCACACACAGUCUUUACAAUGGCUGCCGGCCUGAGACUCCUUGGAAGAUCCCUGCAACAACUCAGCAACAUCUGCCAUGUCUCCUCAGCAAGAGCCCCUGUCUGUGCCAGUACCAGAUGCCAACAUACACAAUCCAGCUCCCACGAGGAGAAACCACGGCUAGAAACGAGCCAGGCCAAGACCUUAAUGGACGUCGGCACAAGAAGCAUAUUUAAUGCUGAUCAUGACAUUUUCAGAGAAAGCGUCAGGAGAUUCUUCCAACAAGAGGUGGCACCUUACCAUGCAGAAUGGGAGAAAGCUGGACAGGUGAGCCGGGAGUUGUGGGAGAAGGCUGGUCAGCAGGGACUUCUAGGAGCUGCCAUCCCAGAAGAACAUGGGGGCAUUGGUGGUGAUAUCUUGUCUUCUGCCAUUGUGUGGGAAGAACAAAUGUACGUGAAUUGCACUGGACCGGGAUUUAGUCUCCACUCUGACAUAGUCAUGCCUUAUAUCUCACGAUAUGGCAGCCAGAGCCAGAUACAGAAAUAUAUCUCUCAGAUGGCAGCUGGGAAAUGCAUUGGAGCUAUUGCAAUGACUGAGCCUGGAGCUGGAAGUGAUCUCCAGGGAGUGCGUACAAAUGCAAAGAAAGAUGGAAGUGACUGGAUCCUAAAUGGCAGUAAGGUAUUUAUCACAAAUGGAUGGAUGAGUGAUGUGGUUAUUGUGGUGGCAGUGACUAACCGUGAGGCCCGCACUCCAGCCCAUGGUAUUAGCCUCUUCCUUGUAGACAACGGCACUAAAGGUUUCGUCAAGGGAAGAAAACUAGAGAAAAUCGGCCUGAAGGCACAGGACACUGCAGAAUUGUUCUUUGAAGAUGUCAGGCUUCCUGCCGACGCGUUAUUGGGAGAGGAAAAUAAAGGUUUCUACUACUUGAUGCAGGAACUUCCUCAGGAGAGGCUGCUGAUAGCAGACAUGGCACUUGCUAGCUGCGAAUUCAUGUUUGAGGAAACCAGGAACUAUGUCAAGCAGAGGAAAGCCUUUGGGAAAACGAUUGCACAUUUACAGACUGUGCAACACAAGUUAGCAGAAAUGAAAACCCAGAUCUGUGUGGGUCGGACCUUCUUGGACAACUGCAUCCAGCUUCAUGCAGAAAAACGUUUGGAUUCUGCAACCGCGUCCAUGGCAAAAUAUUGGGCAUCUGACCUCCAGAAUACUGUGGCUACUGAAGGUGUUCAGCUCCAUGGAGGGUGGGGCUACAUGUGGGAAUACCCCAUUGCAAAGGCCUAUGUAGAUUCUCGUGUUCAGCCCAUCUAUGGUGGUACAAAUGAGAUUAUGAAGGAACUCAUUGCAAGAGAUAUUGUGAAAGACAAGUGAUGAUCUUCUGUACAUAACACCAAGUGCCUGUAAUUUAUCAUAUUUUCCAACUAAGGACUAAUGUUUGAUAUAGACUGAUUCAGCGCUUCAAAAAUGAGUAACCUGUGUAUACGUGCCAUUUAACCAUGAACUAUCCACUGUCUGGUUUGUAACCAAUUUUUGUCUUUUUUGAAAUUCCAAUUAAAAGUUUAAUCUAAGCCUCUAAGGGAGCGCACACAUGAA